AUGGGCCAAGGCAUUUGCAAAUGCGAGGACGAUGAGUCCUCUAAAUCUGCCAACAUUGACGUUACCUCUGUCCCAGUGCUGGCCGACCAGGUCAAAGCCGCAAAGGCUCAGUUCAUGGGAGGUGUUCUCGAUGGCCCCUGGUUUCGGAAAGGAGAUAAUGUCUUCUUGGGCAACAUCAAGGAGGAGAAGAUGAACUGGGUUCCUGGAUUCAACCACGAUCCAUGCGAGCUGAAAGAGGUGGACUCUUUCCGGGUAAGUAUAUUUCUCGAAGGCAAGACCCACAGUGGAGUGGUCUCCAAGAAUGGAAACGAGACGAUUAUAUGUUGGAGCGAUGGAGAAGUUUGGUUCAAAGGCUAG